AUGUAUUCUCCGCGCCUCUUAGCCAUACGUUGCAAAAUUGAGGAAAUCAAGGACUUCCUGCUCACAGCCAGGCGAAAAGAUGCCAGAUCCAUCAAGAUCAAGAAAAACAAGGACAGUGUGAAGUUUCAAGUCCAAUGCAGCAGAUACCUUUAUACUUUGGUCAUCACGGACAAAGAGAAGGCCGAGAAGCUGAAGCAGUCCCUGCCCCCAGGUUUGGCCGUGAAGGAUCUGAAAUGA